AUGCGUCUAGUGGCCGACUUUAGAGUCAGGAAGAACAUCCAUGUUGAUAUGACAAUCGAUGUGGAAGAAAAAUCAGUCUUUGCGAAGCAAAGUGGUGUCACCGACGCUCCCGAGGAAGACAGGAGAUUAGAUGGAGUAAUGGAGCUAAUUCUAGAGAAUAGCGAUCUUGUCGGUCAGGGUGCUUGUGGUCACAAUGCUACUAGUCUACCACUCGCUUCUCCGACUUCACAAAGUUCAUCUCAUGCCCUAACACCCAUCAAUGUUCCAAAUGACAUACACAGAGUCCUCAAUACUAUUAAGGGAUACUUUGAGCGUCAAGAGGAGCAAGAUGGAGUUCCGCGGGGUGGAAAUAAUACCUUGGAUUACUUUAAUAGAUUGAGACCACCAGUUUUUGAGAGCAAACCAGAUCUGAAGUACUAUUACUCGAAAAGGAAUGACUCCACCGUAUCGAAGGAACGGCAAGGGCAGUGGGCUUUCGGCGGACAGGCGCUGGCGGAUGCCACUUCGAGACAUGCAUCCCCAUGCGACGGUACGACCCCCCUUGACAUCAUCCGACCAUCUUAUUCGAUACCCUGGUGGAGAUCAAUGCAACAGUGGGAUAGGAUGGGGGCAAUCUGGGUAGUAACCGGUGGUACUCAUCGAUACAUGGCGUUCAUACUUUUUUUUGUAGGAGCACUCGAGCUGGACGCCUUCUACAAAAUCGAUCACGAAAAGCUUCCUCCCAAGUCCCCGAUCCAGCUGAAAGCCAUUCGAGUCGUAAAGGUGUGCGAGGCGACGAAGCUGGAAGUGACGGUGAGCUUUCCGAGCACUCUUGCGCUACGGAACUACUUCGCUCUUUCGCCGGAGCCCGGCCGCGAACCGGAGCUGGACGAGAGGUUCGUCAUGAGCUCGAACCAGGCCGCGAGGAUACUUCGGUUGCCUGUGCCGCCGUCUGAUUUGGAAGUACAGAAGCACUUACUUAGUUUCUGGCUGUCGAAUUCCAACCUGUACGAUUCUCCUCCAUUUAUAGGCCCCCCGGAAUCGGUAAUGGAGGUCGACGAGGUCGAUAAUCAAACAUCACUUUUGGGCCACUGCCUCCUGACCAUCAAGCAAGCAGGCUUUGUCGGAUGGGGGAUACGAAGGAAGGUUAAGUACAUUGGGAGGCAGCGGGACAUUUCGUGGUCGUCGCCUGAGGAAGAGAAGGAGGAAGUGCAAGCGGACGAGGAACAGCUGCACUCUGAAAAGAAGAGAAAGCGCGAGGUCGUUGAGGAGGAGAGGAAGAAGAAUAAUAAGAAUAAAAGGGGAAAGAAGGGCGAGAAUAAGAAGGAGAAGAAGAAAAAGCCCCGGCGCGACAGGGACGACAAGAGGAGGUACGAGGAGAAGCAGCAACAGGGGAAGGGGACGAGGGACCGGUGGUCGUCGGAGAGGUACGAGACGGCAGAGAUGAAGCUGCUGGAGAUCAUGAAGGAGAAGGGGGCGGAGCUCGGGAAGCCCAUAAUGCGGCAGGCGUUGAGGGAGGAGGCGAGGAAGCACAUCGGGGACACGGGCCUCCUGGACCAUCUGCUGAAGCACAUGGCGGGCAAGGUGGUGACCAACGGCACCGAGCGGUUCCGGAGGCGGCACAACUCGGAGGGCGCAAUGGAGUACUGGCUGGAGCCAGCGGACUUCGUGGAGGUCCGCCAGAAGGCUGGGGUGGCGGACCCCUACUGGGUCCCGCCACCCGGGUGGAAGCCUGGCCAUGCGCCUGCAUGCCCCUGUGAUGGUGAGAUAAGGCAACUCAGAGAGGAAUUAUCACUUCUGAAGAGGGAUAUGGACCAUCUGAAUUCACUGAAGCAAUUGGAGAAGGUAGUUAACGAAGCCCAACCUGAACCUGAAAAUGGCGGGAAUACUUGGCAGGAAGAGAUAAGACUUCUGAAGGAAGAGAAGGAAAAAAAGAACAUGGAGAUGGAGGCAAUGAAAGAAGACAAAGGCGUGCAGUACGAAGGAGAUGACACCAUGCAACAUGAUGGAAAUGAGAACAAAGGAGAUGAGGACGCCAACGACGGCAACAGCAAUUCCAAUAUCACUGACAGUAUCAUGAAAGACACAAACAACAACAGCAAUAGCAACAUAAGCAACCUAUCCAUUACAGCCGUCGAUAUAACUAAGAGUAGGAGCGCCACCACAAACAGCAAGAGGGUGGCGGCACGCCGGAGUGGGUUCAGGAUCUGCAAGCCUCAGGGUACGUUCCUGUGGCCGGACAUGUGGAGCAGUACCAGCAGCAGCGCCGCUGAUGGUGGAGCCGGGGUGUGGCGUCCGCCGGGUUCGCAGGUGGUCCCCAACCCCAUGAUGACCACCAUGACGACAGCGACCAUAGAGGAGCAUCUGAUGCUGCUGGGUGGGGUCCCCACUCCUUCGUCGGCCUCUACCGCCACCUCGGCGCCCAGGCUCCUGCUACUGCCUUCUCCGGCGUCCCCAGCCCACACACAUCCUCCAGAGGUCAUGGCGGUCCCCCCGCCUCCUCCUCCACCUCAUCAUCACAACCACCAUUUGCAGAUGCUGCAACAAACGGGCGGCUCCUGCGACAUCUGCCCUUCCGUCGUGUACCGUCACAUGGUGGCACGCACAACUUCACCAACAAUGCUGCCUAGAGUUGGGGGUGGGCCGGAGGGGAACAAAAGAUCCGAGGCGGCGGCUUCCUGGGACUCACACGAGGGAGGGAGAAGCGACAUCGCCACUGAUCUCUCCCUCGCCACGCCCUCCACCACCUACCGAUGA